AUGGAGUCAACGUGCAUCGAUACUUCACUCAAUCUUAGCAACCUCAAUCUUCCUUACACAUACAAGGACGAAGUUUUGGUCGAAGAGUUACAACGUCUGAGUUGCGAGAACAGAAGACUAAGUGAAACAUUGACAAACAUGUGUGAGAGUUAUGAAGCUAUGCAAAAGCAAUUGAGUCAAUUGAUAAUGAAACAAAAUCUUGAAAACCAAACACAAAGGAAGAGAAAAUUUGAGAGUGAAAGUUGCAUGAAUAUGUUUGGUGGUGUUAGAGAGUGCAGCAAUGUUAGUGAUGAAGAAUCAUUGAUGAAAAGACCUUGUAGAGAUGUUUCAUCACCAAAGGCUUAUAAGGUUCUUGUGAAGACAGAAGCAUCUAGUAAUAGCUUGUAUGUGAUGGAUGGAUAUCAAUGGAGGAAAUAUGGUCAGAAGGUUACUAGAGAUAAUCCUUCUCCUAGAGCUUACUUUAGAUGCUCCAAAGCUCCAAAUUGCCCGGUUAAAAAGAAGGUGCAAAAAAGUUUAGAAGACCCAACUAUACUAGUUGCAACAUAUGAAGGAGAGCACAACCAUGAUCAUGAAAAAGCUGAAAUAUCAAUGAUAUCAAGCCAAUGUGAAGAAGCCCGUUUAGGUUCAGUUCAUGUUUCUUCACCUAAACAAAUUAUGGAAAUGACUUCUCCAACCAUGAGACUUAAUUUGGUUGACAAUGUUCCAAAAUCAUCUAUCCAACAAUUUUUGGUUCAACAAAUGGCUACUUCUUUGACUAAUGAUCCCAAUUUCACUACAGCACUUGCUAAUGCUAUUUCAGGAAGAAUUAUAGGCAAUGCUUCUAAUAAAGCUAGAUUUUGA